ACCCCAACGACAUUGUUAACCUUCUGCAGGACCUGGUUACACUGACCACCGAGAACUUGAAAGAAAUAAGAACUGCUGAAUGCUUCCACGUGCUCUAUGCAUAUUCCAUCUUAUUUGUACCCUGUUAAAUAUACGUUGACGCCUAUUCUUCAAUACAACGGAUCCUCUUGCAGCCCCUCUGCGGGCCGAACCCUUGUAGUAUAAGUUACAUCUCACGAGCAAUCAAAACUUGUAUGGAGUACAUUGCACUACGUCCAGGUACUAAAGGGUAGACCAGUGUCACCAACAAAAAGGAUACCCUUGUGUGCAUUUCACAGAAGACCCUGUCGUGACACCAUAUCACCAAUGUGUAACUCCCGUAGCCCCAUUAGAUAUAGGCAGUCCAUACUAAAGACGACAAGACAUAUCAAGGUUACCUCUAGUGAUAUCCUCGAACCUCGCAGAACAAAUUUAUUUCAGCUAUGACAGAGUCCAACUUCCGCGUCAUUAUCGUGGGUUCCUCAAUCGCCGGUCUAACACUAGCUCAUUGUCUCCAACGAGCAAAUAUCAACCAUGUCGUUCUUGAACAGCGAGACGAAAUUGCUCCUCAGAUCGGUGCCUCAAUAGGCAUUCUGCCAAAUGGCGCGCGGAUCCUUGAUCAAUUGGGUCUAUACAGACAUGUUGAGGAACUGGUCGAGCCCCUGGAGGUAGCUCAUAUCAUUUACCCGGAUGGAUUCAGUUUCAGUAGUAGAUAUCCCAAGAUUCUUGCUGGAAGGUUCGGAUAUCCAAUUGCUUUUCUCGAACGGCAGAAGUUCCUUGAGAUACUGUAUCGUACGUAUCCGGAUAAAUCUAACAUUCUUCUGAACAAGAAAGUUGUCGAUGUGCGCUUUCUUGAUCAAGAAGCUUGUGUUGUUACGAACGAUGGCUCUACAUAUACAGGCAACCUUGUGGUCGGGGCCGAUGGAGUGCAUAGUCGUAUCCGUGCAGAGAUGUGGCGUCGAGCAGACAAGAAUCAUCCUGGGUUGAUUACGCAUCGUGAGAAAACAGGUAUGAAGACAGAAUACGCAUGUAUAUUCGGGAUAUCAUCACCUAUCGACGGCUUAAAAGCUGGCGAGCAGGUCAACGCGUUCUAUGACGGACUGACAAUCAUCACAAUUCACGGGAAAGGCGGUCGUAUCUUCUGGUUUAUGAUCAAGAAGAUGGAGAAGAAAUUCACAUAUCCGGAUAGACCACGCUUCCCUCCUGAGGACGUUGAACGCGUUAUUGCUACCAUAGGUCAAUAUCGCAUAUGGGGAAACAUCUACGUCAAGGAUCUCUGGGACCGAAAGGAAGUCGUGUCAAUGACUCCGUUGGAGGAGAAUGUUUUCGAGACCUGGUACUUCGAUCGUAUGGUAUUACUCGGUGAUAGCGUUCAUAAGAUGACUCCAAAUUUCGGCCAAGGUGCAAACUGCGCAAUAGAAGACGCUGCAUUACUUGCAUCACUGCUAGAGAGCGUCAUUCAUAACAAUGACCAUGGGGCUAGUACUCCAAGAAAGUCAUCAGAUCUGGAGGAUAUUGAUUCGUUGCUUCGAUUAUACCAGCAGCGACGAUACAGUCGAGUAAAGUCUAUCUACCGACAAUCCAGGAUGGUUACACGACUGCAUGCACGGGAUGGCCUUUUCAAUAUCAUAGUAGGCCGGUAUUACGCUCCCUACGCGGCCGACUUACCAGCGGAUAUAGCAUCGAGAGCCAUCGCGGACGCGGAAAUGCUUCGUUACCUUCCAGUAUGCCAACGCUCGGGGCCGGGAUGGGCUGAAUAUUGCAGUGGGCAGCGCACGAAUAUCCGGUCUUGGUGGGCCAUAUUGAUCAUCAUCGCGCUUAUCAUACUUUGGUCGCGAGGGCUGAUCUUCCCUAUCAUCGUUUGAUCGGUUUCAGUCAUGGAUAGGGAA